AUGGAGAACAUAAACGACUUAAUUCAGAAAGCUUUUGGAAACGCUUCCGUGAGCCCUACUGUGAAAAACCAGUCGAUGGCCUACCUUACUGAAUUUCUGAAGAAACCCGAAGCCUUUAAUUACUUCCAACCACUCAUGACAACACCUUCCACAGACCCUCUUCAGUUGAUUAAAGUGAAUUACGGUUCAAUGAUUCUUCAAAAGAAGUUGAUGUACAAUUUCUCACAGAUUCAGCCACAAGUUCUCCAACAAAUUAACGAAUUUGUCUUUCAAAAAAUAUUUGAAUUUCAAAAGAGUCAAUUGAUUGUGAAACAGCUCUCCCUUGCCAUUGUCGCGUUUACAUUACACGACCAGAGUUGGGGGAACUUUAUCGAUACAAUUGUGAAUAAAAUACCAAACACAUCUCAAAAUGCCGAAUUACUCACUUCAGUCUUUUUAGAAAUUGCCAGUGCAGCAGAAAAAAUGGAUUUGGUUGACUCUUCAAUGAGAGCCAAGUUCAUUCAGAUUAUCGCACAAGCAACUCCAUCUGUUCUUGACUUUGUUGUAUCUAUGAACUCACAGAAUAGUAUAUCCUUCAGACUUGCCUCGGAGUGUUUAUCGUCUUGGGUGAAAAAUAGUGGUGUUGAGAUCACUUAUUAUAGAAACUCACAAGUUCUUCCUUUCUUGUUACGACAACUUCAAACCCAAAAUGGAGAAGCUGCUUCGACUGUUCUUGAUGACUUCUUGUUUAAAAUGAUGCAAACGAACAAGGAAUGCCAAGGACAAAAAGACGCCAUUCUGAACAUCACGGUACUGAUUUUGCAAGAGUUUGUGAAAUACGUCGAUGUCAUCCAAAAAAUCCCGUACAGCUGCUUCUUCACUAUUUCCCAGUUAAUUAGUAUGGACGCUUACACAUACAUCAAAUCGCAAUACUCUCAAACACUUUCUGCUUACCUCAACUUGUUAGUUGUCGCUUCAAAUGUAGUUGAGGAAAACACCAUUCACGAUGUCUCAGAAGCAGCCAUUUCAUUGUUAGAAACGCCGUCAUCGAAAAGGGCACAAGAGUCGAAGGAAUUGUAUGAAUUCUUCAUGCCAUUUGCGAAAGCGAUGUUAGAAAAGGUUGUGACCCUUCAUAUGGAUUGCAAAAAUUUAGAGGGCGAAGAUUUGGAGGACUUUCUGCAUUUCAGAGAGACGUCCACUUUUUAUUUGGUCAGAAAGUGUGUGGACACGAUUGGAAGUACUUCUUCAGUGAAUAUGUUGGUCUAUUUAUGGGAAAAUGUGACCAACAAAGAAGUCAUUUUGGCGUCUUUAGAAGCUGCGUAUGAAGACUUGUCGAUAGUCUCAUCACAGCAACUCAUCAACUUAUUUUCGUAUUCCAUUCAGCUAGUCAAUCAAAACACGAAUGUACCAAAACAAUUUAUAAAAACUUUAAUUGUCACAAUAGGUGACUACGCAAGGUACUUUGGAGAGAACUUCCCGAACGUUAUAGAGAGUUGUGUGACGUUCUUGAUGAAGUACGUUGGAGCGCCAGGCUUUGGUGAAAAGGCUGCAAAAGCACUUAGAAACUUAGCUGAGGAGUCUGGAGAAAAAAUUGGGUCAUACCAAAGCCUCCAACAAAUGUUCCAAAAUGUGGUUGAUACCAUCCUUCAAGGCAAGUUAAAAGGAAAUGAAGUGCAAUUUGAGGAUAUAAUUAUCGCCUUUUGUAUGUCGCUUGGAGGGAACCAAGGAGCCGUGGAACAAUUGUUUAUAAAAGUUGUGAAUGUUUUAAAUGAAACGUCCAACACAUUGACGGACUCUACUAUUAAUGCGUUGUGGAUAUUAGAGACCAUUUUCAUUGGGUUAAAGAAGUCAAAACACCACAACGAAAUUGGAAUGAUGAUCGUCAAUUUCCAGAUUCCUCAAUUGCUUCAUAAUGUCAUUCAAAAUGGAGUGCAGAGGAAGGCGAACAAAGUGUAUGAAAAGGGGUGUGCGACGUUGGGUGUGAUGUAUGAAGUGACGCGGCGAAACAGUUCCCAGUUCUUUGGACAAACCACUUCAUUACUUACACAGGGGUAUGUACUCACGAAGAAUGGAUUCUUCAUCUUUUCGCUCUCGAAAAUCAUCGACGCACUGUUCGAGUUUGACGAAUUCAAACAACCGUUGAAAGAACAGUGUCUGCCACUUAUUAUGGAAGCGAUGAAAAACUGUACAAUCGACGCGAACGAUGUGAUCAUCGAUAUCACAGAUUGUAUCUUCGGUAUUGCUAAGACAAACGUCCCGGACAAUUUUGUCGAAAGUGCGAUGAAUUGGUUGGUCUCGUUUUUGAAGGUUGCUGAUAGAAGUGCAUAUCGUGGGAUUUGUGACCAACUCGUUGAUUUCAUUAUGCAAAAUCGCGUUAAUAAAUAUAUAGAGCAACCAACUGUGAUAUUGAGUAUCAUGGAGAGCGUUGUCUCGUUGUAUUCGAAGGACCGAGUCGACAACGCAAGCUUUGUGUUACGACUCAUUUACAACAAAAAUCCGGGUGUCUUCUGUCAGAAUAUGCAACUGAUCUUUUCGAACAAGUACCAAGUUCCAGACGGGUUCAAACAAUCACUCCUCCCAACAAAUCAAAAGUACACUAAAGAGCAAAUCAAAAAGAUUCUGAGUGACCUCUUCUUCAUCCUCAAGGAAACUGCAUAA